AUGUUAGCCGAGCAGCAUAUUGUUGCCGUGGCUUCGGCCUGUUCAUUAGUCGCUAUCACAGCAUGUCUGAUCGUUAUCCCAUUAUUGUACAGUGAAAUCAACAACGUCCAUGAUUUGGUCCUCGAUGCGGUUGCAACUUUCCGUGUUCAGACAGAUUCCGCUUGGGUUGAGAUGAUGGACAUACAAUUAUCCGUUACACCUCCGUCAAAAGCUCGAGAAAAUCCGUUCAAUUCGAUUUUCCGCCAAAAAAGGCAGUACGGUCUGCCAGCUUGGUGCCACUGUGAACCAGUAGUAAUAAGCUGUCCGCCUGGUCCUCCUGGACCACCCGGCCAGCCUGGAGUACCAGGCAAUCCCGGCCCACCUGGACCACCAGGUCGAGAUGACAUGACUAUAUACGCUCCUAUUCACUGCCCUGCGCCCGAUCCAGCAUGCAUCAGAUGUCCACCGGGACCACCAGGGCCACCUGGUCCAGAAGGACCACCAGGACAUCCUGGUAUGGAUGGCAGGCCUGGAAAUCCGGGACCACGUGGAGAGAAUGGUCAGGCCGGACCACCAGGACCUAUGGGAGAUCAAGGACAACCAGGUCAUCCUGGUAUGGAUGGGAGACCAGGACAACAAGGACAGGACGGUCGUAAGGGUACAGGUGCACCUGGGAUGCCUGGACAUCCGGGCCAGCGAGGAGAACCUGGGAAGGCUGGCGCUCGCGGAAAUGAUGGCCAACCUGGUCAAGCGGGUCAUCGCGGACCACCCGGGCAGCCGGGUAUGCCUGGUCAGCGCGGAAAUGACGGGCAUCCGGGCGCCAACGGAAUGCCUGGUCGUCCGGGCAAAGAUUCGCACUACUGUCCGUGCCCGCGUCGUAGCACGCGCUCCAAGAAGAAGAAGGCCUAA